AUGACGAGGAAGGACGUGUUAAGCGGGUCGCCCAACGGCCUCAACGUGCGCGUGACUGUGCGAUACCCCGCGCCCGAGGAUGCGACGGUGCGCGACGUUCUUGGUCUCUUCCGCAGCGCAGCUUGGGUCAACUUUAUGAUCCGGUACGUCGUGCCAUAUCUCAAGACGUCGACGCCCGUCAACAAGGAGGUCCUCGCCAGCCUCGAACACGUGAAAUGUGCUGGCGACGACGAGUGUGUCAUUUGCAUGGGUGCUAUGAAGGAUGCUGUAAAGCUGCCGUGCGGACACCUCUUCCACACGAACUGCAUCGACGCUUGGUUGCGCAUGCGUAGUACCUGUCCAACCUGCCGCCACCGGCUCCAGAACGAGUUCUCGGGGCGGUACGCUUUUCGCGGCAUCAACACGGCACUCAUUGUCGAAGACGUCGAUGAUACUAUCGCCCCCUCGGCCCUGCAGGCUUUUGAUCUGAGCGGAAAGACGGUCAAGGCCAUUGUACACGUGUCGCUCGUCCCAGUCGCGCACUUUUCGGAGCGACAGACAUUUCCUUGCGAGCUCAACGCGGUCGUCGUGCCACAAUCCACGCUUGUACAACACAUAGAAGCCCGCGUCGCGAAGCGUAAAAACAGCGCUGUCGCUGUCGACACGAAGUAUCCGCGCGUCGUCUAA